AGUUCAGUGGUCAGAAUUUGUGUUCGGAUGAACUCACUUUGACCUAAUCUUACCCGCAUCCCUCUCUUUUCUCCUCCAGCAUCAGACGUCAUUAACACAUUUUUCUAACUGAGAAACUUUUUCUUUUGGACUAGUUGCACUUACCGUUUAAAUGGCCUCAGAUGCAAAGAAAUUUCAAUUUCCUUUCCUCCCCUCUCCUCCCUUUUCUUUCAACUAACACACACCUCUCUCGUUUUACCCAUAUUACUUCUUUCCAACCCCAGUUCAUCCUUGUAGCUUUUACAGUGAGUGUGUGUCUUAUUACAAUGAAUCCCUCCCUAUUCUCACCUCCCUAAUUCUCUCCUUGCAGUGACGGUGGAGGUGGUGAAGAACAGCUCCACAGAGUUCCAGGGUUUCCUGUUACAGGCCAGGAGCAGAGACGGACACACUCUGUUGUGGCCUGUAGGAAAGUUCACCAACAUUGACACCACCCUGUUUACUGUACUGCACUGUAAAAACAUGGAGAACGCAGCUGUUAGUCAGGCCUCAGGAGUCAAGAGAAAGAAGGUCCAGCUGACCUGGGAGGCACCUAGUAACGGUCACUACGGAGAUAUCUACUUCAGUGCCACUCUGGUCCAGGACUACACAACAUUCUGGGUUCAGCUGAAUAGCAACUCUCUAACACUGGACAAGAGUGGAAACUCUGCUGCUGGAGUCUCCUCAUCGGCUCUGCUCUUCAUCAGUUUGCUGAGUCUAUCUGCCUACUGCUAACACACACCCACACACACAAUCUUUAUUAACAAUAUUUUUCAUCUGAAAACAAGCCAUGGUUACAAAACAUAUACUUAAUUAAUGCAUGACUCGUGAUGAUUUAAUGCAUUAAUGAACAUGAGAGGUUUCAUGAAUUCCUGUUGCUCACCAUUAACAAAUGAUCACGUCACUAUAACUACAUGUAAUUACUUAACACUUAAUAGAUCAGUCAAUGAAUAUUACAGUAAUUCAUAGUUACUUCAUACAUUAAUUGAGAUACCACUAAAUUAGCUUGAUUCCAAUUACAUUUGAUCAGUGUCUCUGAAUACAGAAGUGCCUGUUAUAAAAAUAUGAAACAUUAAAUCAUCACGAUAAUGCAUUAAGCAUUACUUAAGUAUGUUUUGUACCCUUAUUAUAAAGUGUUACCAGUGUCACUAAGAUUGUCCCGCUUAUUAUCUUUUGUUUUGCUGCCAAUAUUCACAGUCUACACACAAGACCAUAAGUAUUUGGACAGUUACAUAGUUUUG